AUGGAAUCGCCACGGUCUCCAGCUCGACAGGAAGCUCAAGAUGUACAAAGUAGUCCUCCUGCCGAAGCUGCUUCGUGGGGCAGGGACCUGAACGGUGUACAAGAAGCAGGCGCGGAAGCUCAACCACUUCCACCUCAGCUGUCUCCGGCGGAUACAGAAGCCGAGACAACAGGACCAGAUCUCGGACACAGACUUACUGGAGCGGACAAGAAUCCUCGGCAUCCCCGCCAUGCUGAGAUGACUGCGACUGCGCUGAAGCGGCCAUCUUGUGAGGAUGGACGACGAGUUACUACCCAAACAACUCUUCUAUAG